GAUUUAAGACCACUCAUAGAUGACGGAAUCUCUGAAGAAGAUAGGCCCAAUAAACAUAAUGAGCAACCUAACCCAAACCAAGAAGUAGCAAUGUAUGAUGUUCAGCCAAGUGAAUGUGAAAAUAACUGGGUCCAUAAUGUUUUUAGAGGUUUUCAUGGCAAAACUGUGGCACUAAUGUCUAUAAGCGAUCCUAAAACAUUAGAUGAUGCAAUUACUGCAGCAAGAAAGAUUGAGGCUGGCAACUAUUAUCAAAAAAAGGGGGGAAAGGAAGAACUCACCACUAUACUUAUUGACCAGCUAUUCUAG